GGUUUUAACGCGUGCCGGCGCCACCCAGACUAGGACCCUACCCAAACGCCCGUUUGCCUCCUCAUCUCUGUUCCUCCACGCGGUGCAUACGCGCAUGCGCGAGCAGCAGACGCGGAGGAGCGGCCAUGUUUACAAAAGCAGCCGCUGGGGCCGCGCAGCCGGUUCGCGCUACCCGCCGGCUGUGCCCGUGUGCAACGGCGUUUCCGCGGACCGUGAAUGGUGCCGGAAGACACGACUUGCACGGCGUACCGCGCAGAUCUCUAUGAAAGGACCGACCAAACAGUUCGGAGGAAACAACCAUGAAACUCAUUCGCUGGGUAGAGGUGCACAUCGGCCGGUCACGCAAGAGGUCCAAAAAGACACCCACAAAGCAACAGGCGUCGCCCCAAUGCAGCUUCCCGUCUGAAAAGUGCAUCUCACCGCUGCAUACGACCGCUGAAGACGAAGGCACCUCACAUUUAGGAUGCCAUGCCCGCCUAGAAGUGGAGCCGCGAACCAGCAAUCUGCCCAAGCUAUCAGUGCACAUCCGCACCAGCUUUCUGGGUCAGACGUCGCCGGCAGACGCGCGCCAGAGGAGCGGCAUCAAGACAAACCCGUGGAUUGCGUCUUCGCGAAGCCCCUGCGGAAGCAGCUCGGCAGACUCCGGUUGGGCCGGAUCGCACUCCUCCACCGGCUCCGAGGGCGAUUAUGGGGAUAUGAGCCUGCUGCUGCCGCCGCGCGAGCCUCGCGACCAUUGGUCCUCGAUGGGAUCGCUGCGUAGCCGCGCGCCUUGCGACUCGAGCAUUCAGGCCGGUUCUCCGCUUCGUCUUCGCACAUCGUGGGCCUUGGACCGGCGACCAUCGCCCCUCACUGGAUCCAGGGACCUGUGCAUGACGACGCAGCUAACGGAGUCGGCGAGACAGCAGCGGGGUGAAACCUGUAUCGCCCGUCGAGCAUUGACGGGUACCCGCAUCAGCGACAGUAGCGACGACGAGGCCUACUCUGAGGACUUCCUCCAGUCCGAGGGUAGCAGCGACGCGGUGACCGUUGUGAAAGCUGGAACACCGCAGACUGACUCGGCUUGUGACCCUGGAAGCAGCUGCACCACGACGCCCCUAUCUGAGUGUUCCUCACAGCUACAAACAACUGAGACGUUUGCCGACAAAGUACGGCGUCUGCAAGCCCAAAGGGUGGUGGUCGAGCAGAAGAUCCACGAGGCCCGUAUCGAGGAGCAGGCUUCACGCGAUCAGAGGAUUCAACUCCACCGCGAACUGAUGCACUUCCGCAGGCUUACGCUGCUGCACUCAUUGCAGGAGUUGCGAUCCGAUCUCGAGCAGCGCACAGCUUCCGAGGCUGCGCACGGAGGGCGGCAUUGACAACAAGUUCGUUGCUUGAGGCUGAAAAGUACACGUGUUUGACGCUGUACACAGGACAAUGUGUGACCGGCUAUUUCGCACGAGUUUAUCUGGCGUACUAACGUCGUGUCUAUACCGUAGCGCUGUAUUCAGAUAACUGGCAGGUCCACCUACAGGAAGAAGCCUUGACUUCCCAACGCAUUCCACGUAAAGAUUUUAUUUGUCCGUAAUGGGUACAACGCGCAGUGUGGUACAGUCUCGUUAGAACAACAUUGUAAGAUCAAAUCAUCGCUUAGUUGCAUUCAUUAGAUAUCUUGAAUAUAGCUGUUCUGAAAGGGGUCAUGUUUUCGCAAUGCAGCUUUAUGUUUUAUGUACCGGGUACAUAAAACGUCCGCACUGUAAAAUAUGAGUAAAUUUUAGGGUCUCAAUAUCUUAUAAAUAUGUUCUUUUUUUCAUUUA